UCAGAUGAGCUUAAUGUCGUGUCGAUAAACCACGCUCCGACGGUUCGUCUGCAAACAGAAGCCUCUUGUUAUUGGUGUUAGUGUUUAUAAUAUUGAUAACCUUUUGUGUCAAAUAAGAAUCAAUCAUUCGCACGGUCCGUCUCGCGACUUACAGUUCACUCGUGUAUUUAUACUCGUUAUAAUUACACAAAUGGAAGUAAUGUGCAAAGAGAUUCUUUUCAUAUGUUUUUUCGCCGUGUCAGGUGUCCUUGCUAAAGAUAUUUGCAAAAACGAUGCUAGCUGCAUACCCCUGGAAGAAUGCACCAAUCUGUAUUACAGGUUACAGCAUGAACAUGAUGAAUUAAUAAUAAAUCUUUUAAAAAAAUUACAUUGCGGUUUUGACGCCGCCAAAAAACCUCAGGUAUGCUGUCCCCCACAUUUUAGAAAUACAAACUUAGUGACCAGACUCCCUGAAGUCAAUUUUAAUCCUACAGACUUAUUACCCGAUUUGAAGACAUGUGGUAUUCAAAAUAAUGAUCGGAUUGUUGGAGGGACAGAAACGGAACUUGACGAGCAUCCAUGGAUGGCUUUGGUGCGAUAUGACAAACCUAAAGGAAGCGGUUUCUACUGUGGUGGCGUAUUGAUAUCUUCGAAAUAUGUUUUGACGGCCGCGCACUGUAUUAAGGGGGCUGAUCUUCCGAAAAACUGGAAACUGUCUCAAGUCCGACUCGGCGAAUGGAACGUGACGAGCAAGAAAGACUGUUAUUUAGACGACUGCAGCCCACCAGUUCUUGAUAUACCUGUAGAAGAGAUUAUUGCUCACGAAGGCUACAUCGCCGAUGAUAAUCACCAGCAAAACGAUAUCGCUCUGCUCAGACUAUCCACAAAAGUCGAGUUCAAUGAUUUCGUUAAGCCCAUAUGCCUUCCCAUUACUCCAGAAUUGCGUAAUAAUUUAUUUGAUGGUUACCACAUGGAGGUGGCCGGAUGGGGUAAAACGGAAACAAGGUCGGCUUCGAACAUUAAGUUGAAAGUCCGCGUGCCAGUAAUAAAUCGUACGGACUGUCAGAAUAUCUACAAUAGAGCCGGGCGUUUGAUCACGGAAAAUCAACUUUGCGCUGGUGGCCUACAAGGUCAAGAUUCUUGUCGAGGAGACUCCGGUGGUCCACUUAUGGGUCAAUUGUCUACACUUGAGAAUUGGAUGGCGGUAGGCGUGGUAUCUUACGGUCCAUCACCUUGUGGUACCCAGGGCUGGCCCGGUGUGUACACGCGUGUUUCCGCUUUCGUCGACUGGAUACUUGCCAAUAUCCGACCGUAAAUAAUUAUGUAAUUAAUAAUUUGUACCUAUUUGAUUUGAAAUUUUUCGUUGACUGGCAUUCUUUUAAAAAAAGGUAGGUCUUAAAUAUUAAAAAUAUUGAGAAAACCGAACCCACGUUCCUUCUUUUAAAAUAAUUUAAUGAAAUUUAUGUGUAUAAAAAUAAAAAAUACAUAUUGUAAUAAUAAUAAAAAAAAUACAUAACCUGUA